UUGCAGCACAGGCUCUGUUCGGGAUGCCAAGCAACCGAAGACUUGGCAUACGGUGCACGUUCCAAAUACUGAACUCCCGCGUUAUUCUUUCAUAAUAGAGUUCCUAUCAAGAAAGUCUCUGAGACCUCUGCUGACAGAGCUCAACGCUACACCCAUACCCGCGAGUACUUGACCCAAAAGUACUUCGGUGCUCAACGCCACCAGGCCCAGCAAAACCAGAUCGCGGCCCCUGACGCUAAUGGCCGAGUUGAACAUGGUGUUCCUCUCUCCAACUACAUGAACGCCCAGUAUUAUGGUGAAAUUGAGAUUGGUACACCUCCUCAAACUUUCUCUGUUGUCCUCGAUACUGGUUCUUCCAACCUUUGGGUUCCCUCCACUCACUGCAGCUCCAUUGCUUGCUUCCUUCACCGUCGUUAUGACUCCACCAAGUCUGAUACCUACAAGGAAAACGGAACUGAGUUCGCUAUCCAAUAUGGUACUGGUAGCUUGGAAGGCUUUAUUUCUAAUGACGUAUUGAGAAUUGGAGACAUUAGCAUCGACCACCAGGAUUUCGCAGAGUCUGUCAAAGAACCAGGUUUUACUUUUGCUCUCGGCAAAUUUGACGGUAUUUUCGGACUUGGAUUCGAUCGCAUCAGUGUUAAGGGCGUUGUCCCUCCUUUCUACCACAUGGUCAACCGUGACCUCAUUGAGGAGCCUGUUUUCUCCUUCUACCUUUCCAAUGCUAAUGAAGGUGGUGACGAGUCUAACGGUGGCGAGCUUGUCUUCGGUGGUGUUGAUGAUGCUCACUUCACCGGCGAUAUCCACUACGCUCCCGUCACUCGCAAGGGUUAUUGGGAAGUUGAAUUGGAAGAUAUCAAGUUCGGCGGAGAAGCUAUUGGACUUGACCCCAUUGGUGCUGCCAUCGAUACUGGUUCAUCCCUCCUCGUUGCCCCCAGCGAUGUUGCCGAAUUGAUCAACAAGGAACUUGGCGCUGAAAAGAACUGGGCUGGUCAGUACACUCUUGACUGUGCUACUAAGGCUAACCUUCCCGACUUCUGCUUUGUUUUCAACGGCAAGGAUUUCUGUUUGACUCCUGAGGACUACAUUCUUGAAGUUCAAAACCAGUGUAUCUCAGGCUUCAUGGGUCUCGAUAUCCCUGCCCCCGCUGGCCCACUCUGGAUUGUUGGAGAUGUCUUCUUGCGCAAAUACAUCUCUGUGUAUGAUUAUGGUAACAGCCGUGUUGGCUUUGCCAAGGCUCGUUAAAUAUAUGUACUGACUUUUCGUAAAUAUCUAUAAGCGCUGAUCAAUAAAGCAGCCUUGCAUGUUAAAGUACCUGUUGUAAUUGAAUUUUGAAUGAUAAGGA